CAACGAGUCCUCCAUGUUCGGUUGUACCAAGCACUGACUAGGAACUCGAUUUCUACGUUUUUUUCUCUCUCUGUAGGUGCCUUCUGGCCCCUUCGAAUAGCCCAGACUCUUGCUCGACGUUUAUUGACGGAAUUAAGAGAAAAUGGCGCAGCUAUUGCCGAUUAGGUUUCAAGAACAUCUUCAGGUUAGUCAGCGAGUUUGAUCUAUGCAAUAUAUGUAGUAUUCUUUCGCUCUUUUGAGCGCUUGGUUCUGUCACACGCUGUUUACAUCGAAUAGCAAUGAAGCUUUCUACCUUAAUGCAAUUAUUAUGUUAUUUUUGUUUAUGCCAGUAUGGAAGCUACAUACUAAAAUGCCAUUGAUUGCCUUUGGCUUGGGGUAAAUGUUCAUAGGGAGCUUUCGUGUCGGAAACAGGAACAAGUUCUUUGCAUGUGCAUUUACGGCUACUCUGCCAUGAAUUGUUGGAAUGAAACUUGUUUGGUAUAUUUUCUAUCUUCUUCAAUCUUUUGUUUCGCUGCGUGGUAAAUUUGUGGAUAAUUUGAGAGAUCUUGUCACCUCAAAGUUCUUUGAAAGUGGGUAUGUCCCGUACUCUGAUUACCCAUCUGAUGAGUUUACGAUCUUUAUGUCAGCCGUCUCGGCUCCAAGUUAACCCUUAAAGCGUGAUAAACUACGCGUUAUUUGUGGCGUUUAUCGUUUGAAUAGCACCAAAAUGUGGAUCAGUGCGGAAGCAGUAUUCUUGUCUUUGCCAAAUAGCCGCUUACAAGGUCUUCGUUCGCUAGAGUAUUCUAAAGAUCGACCAAAUAUCGCCGUGUCACUAACCUGAAUGUAGAAUGGAAAUUUACUAAAUUACGUUCUUUCAACGAAGUACUGCGUUCCAAUUGUACAUUAUCAAGGUAAAAAAACCUAUUAUUAAAAGUUUGUACGAUUUUAUGAGGAAAAUGUGGUUAAAUUGCAUGAACAUACACAUAUAUUCGCUACGCGGUUGAUUGAAACAAAUGUGUUCUGGAACUUGUCCAUUCAAAUAAUUGCUUGUAGAAAAUUCUAAGUUUGUAACCAAAAACUAGAUAACAUUAAUCUUAAGUUGUAAUCCAAGAAGGCCUGUGUCAUUCAAAGUUUCUACUUCCUGUUAAUUCAAGCGGCGCACAAACAUUUCGAAGUAAACCAUAAUUUAGAAGAAAAUGUACAUCAUACUGAAAGCUGAAGGAUACUCUUUAAUGCCAAGCGACCAGAAUUUGCUUGAUAGUGUCCUAAAAACACCAAUGCGUUUGCCUUAAAUUGGUUUUGAUUUUGUGUGACAUAUUUAUAUGUUUAUUUUUAAUGUUUAGUAAACGUUUCUUGUUCCAAUUUUUGUUUGGGGGCAUUCAAAUGUUUUAUUCUCAGCUGUAAUUAAAGUAUUAAAAUCCUUCAUGUCUUGCUUCACUUGUGCUGUCAGGCAAAUCACAUGGUGACCAGUGAUACAUAUAGUUAACACAAUUCACGUCCAAAUACUCAGAAUCAAGGAGAAAUUUGACUUCUGUUGAAACUUUACGAAUUUCAGUGAAAUCCAAGAGCUGUAGUGAUAUCCAUUCCUACAUGUGUUGUCUUUUAUUGUAAUGAAAAGAAGUUCUAAUAUGCUGCACAUCAUUUUUCUUCUAUAGCUGUGUAUGUGAUUGAUUUCUCAUUAAUUAAUUUAAGGAUAUAUAAUCGUUUACUUGCUUGAAGUGUUUUUUUUUCUUCUAUGUUUUGUGUUUGUUGAGGAAUAAGGAUGAAUAUAGAAUUUUGAAAAGUGAAACAUGAAGCACAACCAAAAUGGAGACAUUAAAUGUAGAUUUUGAUAUUGAAAAAAAAAGCUGAUAUAAGUGUGCGGUUUAUUUUUGCUAUUUAGGUCCAAUAUAAUGCAGCCUCUUGUGUUAAUUUUGUAUACUGUAGGUAUAUACAUUUAAAAAAAAAAAUGCAAUUUCUUUUGUGACAUUUGUUUGCCUUCAUAGUUUACAGAAGGAUGUUUUUCUACAUAGCAUGAAGUUUGUUUAUUUUUUAUAGGGUUACUGUGAAAGGUUACAUUUUGUUUGACAGAUUCUCCAUAAUGUUGUACCUUUUCUUUAGCAGUUGUCACUAAAAAUCUUUAUUCAAUUUUCAGCUGCAAAGUGUUGGCAUCAAUGCUGCUAACAUCGGCUUCUCCACCCUCACCAUGGAGUCCGAUAAAUUUAUUUGUGUGAGGGAAAAGGUUGGAGAAACAGCCCAAGUAGUUAUUAUUGACCUAGGUGAUGCAAACAAUCCAACAAGGAGACCAAUUUCUGCUGACUCUGCUAUUAUGAAUCCCAAAUCAAAAGUUAUUGCUCUAAAAGGUAGGAACAUAAAGUAUAUUCUUAGAGAAAAGUUAGCUGUUGAUGUUAUUUAGUUUAGAAUAGCAAAGGGAGGGUCCUGAUCCUGUGUCACCUAUGGAUUUGAGAAAAAUGCACCUGCCAGUACUUUAAAAACAGUCUUUCACAUGUCAUUAAAUAAAUGUAAAACUGGAAACUUUAAAUCUCACCUUACCUUGCCCAUCUGUAAAAAUUCAUGCACCCCAUAUUGACUUAGGGCUUAAUCACAUCUUAUGUAUAAACCUUUUGCAACCUUCUUAGUUGGCUUUCCCCUUUUUUGCUUUUUACUUAAAAUUAUUUCAUACAUGUCCAAGACUCUUGUUUUUUUUAUUUUGUGUCCAUUUCUGGCAGGAAGAACACUUCAGAUCUUUAACAUUGAGAUGAAGAGUACGGCGUAAUCAUGUCUCAUGUAUAAACCUUUUGCAACCUUCUUGGUUGGCUUUUCCCUUCUUACGUUUUUCUUGAAAUUAUUUCUUACAUCUUCAAGACUCUUGUUUUCUUUAUUUUGUGUCCAUUUCUAGCGGGAAGAACACUUCAGAUCUUUAACAUUGAGAUGAAGAGUAAAAUGAAAGCGCAUACCAUGGUAGAAGAUGUCACUUUCUGGAAGUGGAUCAAUGUUAAUACUCUUGCCCUUGUCACCGAGACCACUGUCUACCAUUGGUCCAUGGAAGGUAACCAGUAAUAUUUACCUCUACAGUUACACUCAUUUUCAGGGAACACGAUCCUUUUCAGGCUUACUUACAGUGACUGUCACACCAUUUGAUUGAAUAAUUUAUCCUUACAGAUAUCAAUGAUUGAUUGAUUUAUGAGUCAUUACUCCUGUUGUAAGAUGUUUUUUAAGUUAACAAAGAAUACUAGUUUUAUCUUGGUAUGCAUUUGUGGUAUACGGUUUGUUGCUUAUUUUUUGUUCUAAAUGUUAAGUCAAUAAUUUAUAAAUUUCUUAGCUGUAAUAAAAAAAUCUGACAUAAUAUUUAAUAAUUAUAUGGUACUUAAUUCCCCAUCAGGUGAUUCUCAACCUUACAAGAUGUUUGACCGUCAUUCUAGUCUUGCUGGAUGUCAGAUAAUUAAUUACAGAACAAACCAUGAUGCCACAUGGCUGCUUCUAAUUGGCAUUUCAGCACAGGUACACACUAAAAAGCAAAGAGCAUAUCAGUCAUUAUGCUAUUUGUGAAACACAAUCUUCCUAAUUUAUAACACUGUUUGUCUGCCUUUUUGUGUGCUGGCUCUUGAGGCAAAAUAGAUUUCUUAUGCUUUUAAAAAUGUUUGUUUAGUUUGUUUAAUGUGAUCGUUUCAUUGACAUUAAGUUCAUGUAAAAUUAUUUUCUUGAUUUCCAAUUUAUUUUGACAAAGUAGCUCAGAUUUUCACAAUUCAAUGUAAUUAAAUGAUAAUGGACUUAGUUAUUAAUUAUUAUUUAUUUUCAACAGAGUGACGAAUAGGUAUUGAAGGUGUAUAGAUAUUUUUAAGUUGGUUAGGUAGUUCUAUGAGCUGGGGCCUGUGAAAUUUAAGAUGACAGUAUGAUUCAGAAACAUUUUAUCCUCUCUUUGAAAGGAAAGGUCAUCAAGAUUCUUUGAUUUGAUUUUCUGACUAAAGUCUAUUUUCUGUCAUAAUUUUGGAGGGUCUAUCUAGUACAAUGUCCUCAAUUAAAAUAGUGACCACAUUUUGGAAUUGUCUACCACUUAAAAAUGUCUAGGAGCCAAGAGGCUACAUGAAAAAGAGUCAAUUUUAAAUCUUGGUUUUCUUGAUCCUACCAUAGUCAGAAUGCAACUUGCUAUUUCAUGUUGAUGUUUCUUUUUUCUUCUAGCAAAACCGAGUUGUUGGUGCAAUGCAACUGUACUCAACAGAGCGAAAGGUUAGUCAGCCAAUUGAGGGCCAUGCUGCAGCUUUCAUGCAGUUCAAAAUGGAAGGCAAUGCCCAGGAAUCUACUCUGUUCACCUUUGCUGUAAGAGGAGCCCAGGGAGGGAAGGUAAGAGAUCUAAAUAGAAAUCAUAUUGUCAAUACAGCUAGGCCCUCAUGAUGAAUAUGACAUCACCAUCUUUCAAUUGAUGGCACAACUUGUGCAUGAAACUUCCCAUUUCUCUCUGAAGGGCUUAUGGUAAAAUUUUUGGUACACUGUACAAGGUAUCCUACAUGAAUUUUGAUUUGAAGCAGUUAGUAAAAGAACAGACAUCACUAUAGAAAAGCAGCAUGGCUAAGUGGCCAUGGCAUUGAACUUGUAAUAUGGCAUUCUUUGGUUCAAGUCCUCCAAUCUGAUACUUGCCAUAUUUGUCAAAAUUGGCUUCUAGUUUAGCUCCUUAGCCACACUCUGUCAAUUGCCGACUGGAUGGCUUCCGAUUUUAGAUAUUUUACUGUGCCAGCUAAUAAAAACAUUUACAGAGUCAUGUCGUGCAGCAAAGAAAUGUUCAUUUUGUGUAAGGUGGUUUAAAAAGUGAUAAAUCAGCAAGAUGUUUGCGUAGUCUUGCAAAAACAUAAGCACCUGAAAUAUUGUGUAAGGACACAAACAUUGAAAAUUGAAAAUCAAGAUCUACCAGCUUUAUACCUUGACAGGUUCUUAAGCUUAUCUUUAAUCUUACCAACAGUUGCAUGUCAUUGAAGUCGGAACCCCACCAACAGGAAACCAGCCAUUUGUCAAGAAGGCAGUUGAAGUACUUUUUCCCCCAGAGGCUCAGAAUGACUUUCCUGUUGCCAUGCAGGUAAAUUGGAGGUCAAGUUUGCAACAUAGACUGAGCUAAUCUAGUGAAUUGGCUUCUGUAGAGAGCUUGUGAAGCUGAUGUGUCAAGCUUUAACCCUUCUUCAGAGCAAAGGAAGGGCUAAUGCUUGAAAUGUCAACUCAAGAAUCUCUUUAUAGUGGCCUGUUUGCUUUAUCAAUUCAGGGACUAAAACAAAAUUAUCUUGUAAUAUCUGCCACCAAUGCAGCACCACAGUUUCUUAAGGAACCUACUCCUUUUGACAACUGAUUUGGCACAGGUGUUACUGUAAGUUUAUGGCGGUGAGAAGGAGGAAUUGUUUUGUCAGAUCUUGGGAAUUAAACAAUGAAACUUCUGGAUGGUUUUUUCAGGUGAGCCAGAAACAUGGAAUUGUUUUCCUUAUCACCAAGUAUGGAUACAUCCAUCUGUAUGAUGUAGAAAGUGGAUCCUGUAUUUACAUGAACCGAAUCAGUGGAGAUACAAUCUUUGUGACAGCACCUCAUGAACCUACUGAUGGUAUCAUUGGUGUCAACAGAAAGGGACAGGUAACUUUUAAGUAGCUUUUUAGUUUCUUUGUGUAGUACAGAUUUUAUGAUUGGUUUGUUCCAGUGUUUUUGCUUUAGGAAUUACAUUAUGGUAGUUUAGGUACUGUAUUUCUUCACCCAUAAGCCAAAUGAUUUUUUCAGUAUUUGACACAAAAGUUUGGGAGAUUUUUCAUGAGAAACAGAGUUCGGCUUGUAGCCGAGUGUUUGAGACUCGAAAACAAGUACAAUUGCAAAUUUAAAGUUAAUGCAAAAUGGCCAUAAAUUCCAUGACUGCAGCACUCUUUUUGUGACAUGUUUAAAAAAUGUUAUGACAAAAACCUAUUUCUGACCACCAAUCAGAUUCUUUGCUUCCCACGCAUUGAAAGACGAUCUCACUCAACUCAGCAAAGGUCUUCUCAUUUCGCAUUACGAAUGAAAUAUGUGGUCUCUCUGCUGUGAAAACCACUCCAUCACUUGCUUGACUAGUUUGGGAUACUUGGGAGUAAACUGCCUAUUUUUGCAUGUAUUUCAGACAUCUUAAGCUUACCAGAAAGAAUAGUUGCCUGGUCUCUUCUCCAGCAUUGCACCAUGGACUCGCUAAGUCCAUAAUCUCAAGCAAUUUCUGAGUUGUUUUCUACAGUUUCAGCUUCCACAAUAACAUUUAUCUUCACUGAAAGCCAUAGUAUAUGAAAAGCAGCAUGCUUUUGGCAUGAUGAGAAAAAUAACAGCGACAAAAGAGAUACUUGAUUGAAAUGUUUGUCAGGUUACAGUAACUGUGAGUUUCUGCAGUUGCAUAGUAGUAUUUACAUCUUCACCGAUUCAUUUUUUUCUUUUGUGUUUAUUGUUAGUAAUUCAUUAGCUUUUGUGUUCAGUGAGCCAUUUCCCAACGUUUUUUGUUUGGUUCGCUCACUCAAAUGACCAGUUACAAUCAAGAAUUUUUCUCUCAGCUUAUAGCCAAUGGUUUUGCCUUUUUUUUUUUUGACAACACAAGUCUGUUGGAAGGUCUCUAACUUUUAGGGUCUUGGCUUAUAGCUGAGAUCAGCUUAUAAGUGAAGAAAUACGGUAAUUUAAGUGAUGUUUCACCAGAAGUUAGGACUCUUAGUCCUAGUCCUAUUUUCAGUAUUUUACUUUAUAAUACCAUGUAAUUAUACCUUUUGAGAUGUAAACAUUAUUAUUUACCUUAUAGGGCCCUAAUUGAUACCAGUGUCAUUACACUGACAGGGUUAUCCUAUAUAAAUAUUGUUGUUAUUGUUGUUGUUGUUGUUGUUGUUGUUGUUAUUAUUAUUAUUAUUAUUAUUAUUAUUAUAUAGUUCUUUCCCAUUUGAGCUUUAAAUUUAUGUUUAUCCUCAAAUUGUUCCAAUUAAGGUAUUGUCAGUAAGUGUUGAGGAGGACAACAUCAUUCCAUACAUCACCAAUGUGCUACAGAAUCCUGAUCUAGCUCUUCGUCUGGCUGUAAGGAACAAUUUGGCAGGAGCUGAGGAACUUUUUGUCAGAAAGUUCAACACCUUAUUCAGUGGCAUGCAAUAUGCUGAAGCUGCAAAAGUUGCUGCUAAUGCACCAAAGGUAAGCGUCAGAGAAGAGACACUUGAAGAAAUAAGCCAUGUUAACAAGAUUUCACCCAAAUGUUUUACAAAAUGCUUAAGAAUAAAACUUUUGAGUCUUAAGAAUUGAAAGCUUCAAACAUUCCUCUUGAUUUGACUAUGAGUGUUAUGUAUGUAAGUAAGCUUAAAAUCCAUACCCAAAGCUUCAAAUGAGGAUUGAUGUAAAAAAAAACAAAACAAAACAGAACAAAACAAAAAGAAGAAGACAUCAAGUAAAGGUGUAAAUUUGUGUUUGGCUGUGAGUGUGUGCUAGAUAAUGGUGACAAAGAUUGUGAUGAUUUUAAUUAUGAAGUUGACAAGGACAAGAACAGUGAUAAUCAGGGAAAUAAAAGUAAUCUUUAAAAAACGCCUCUUCUCUUAGUGUGUGUUGAUACUCCAUUUUGGAGUUGAAAUUGGGUAGGAAUUAAUUUAUUAAAACUAGGGCACCAUGAUAUCUUUGGUUGGGUGGUGUAUCCACAAAGAUGACAAUAACAUUUCUGAAGGGAAAUUGCAUUACACUGUACGUAGAGAAAAUUACAAAGUUAUCUUUACCUUAACUCAAAUACCUUCCUCAAAACUUUUAUCUUUAAUUAGGGUGUGCUGAGAACACCACAGACAAUUCAGAGGUUUCAGCAAGUCCCAUCUCAACAAGGUCAAACAUCACCUUUGCUGCAGUAUUUUGGCAUUUUGUUAGACCAAGGCAAACUCAACAAGUUUGAGUCACUGGAGCUGUGCAAGCCUGUAUUACAGCAAGGCAGGAAGCAGCUUCUAGAGAAGUGGCUGAAGGAAGAAAAGGUAAAGAGCAAACUUUUUGUGAGGUCAGGAAAGCUCUCACUUACCAAACAAAGGUCUGGUUCAAAGGCUCUCUUGUAAAAAUAAGUUUUAUUUGCACAAUACUAACUUACCCUCAUUUUAAAACUAAGACUCUGUGGAAGUGGCCUACUGGCCAUUGGCAUUGAAACUGUGACUUGUGAAUGUUAUCACAUUCGUGAGUGUUUGUUUAUUUUUUAACCAAGUCCAUGUCAUUCAAAUCCUAGAUUCAAUGUUUCAUGUCAGGUUCACAGUGUCAAUCAAUUGACCUGUUGUGUAGGACUCACUUGCAGUUAUUUCCUAAGUGAAAACUUAUUGGCCUCUAUGAUGAUUACUUUAACACCAUCUUUCGAUUGAUGAUGCAAUACUCAAUGAAACAAAUUUUUUCUAAACUGAGAGGCUGAUAGUCUUCUGCUUAUUGGAUACCUCAUUCUCAAUCCUUUAAUGUAGAUGGGCACUCGUAACAUAAUCAGUUGGUAAUAUUUGUGGUUGUUUCCCUUGACAGCUGGAAUGCAGUGAAGAGCUUGGUGAUCUGGUGAAGCAGGUUGAUCCCACUUUGGCCUUGUCAGUGUAUCUCAGGGCAAAUGUACCCAGCAAGGUAAUUUUCUUAGCAGAUAAUUAACAAAAGUAUCAUAACAACUUAUUCUUGACACUCACACAGCAUAUUAGUCAACUUCAUUAUUGACUUUGCUCCCUGUUAUUCUGCAACUCGCUGAUGUAUUAAAUCGAGUAGAGACGUAGACGAGUUGGUUUUCAAUCCAGUACAACUUAUUAGAAGUUAAACAUAUAGGAAAGUAAAAGAUCUUUAACAAAAAACAAUUUUUUUUCUUCCAUUAAAGUUCAUAAGGAUAUCAUGGUGAAUAAAGCAAGGUAAACAUCACCAAUGACUAUAAAAGUUUCAGACGCGAACAAGAUUUUUAACUCGUUUGUGUCUAGAGCUUUUUUGGUCAUUCACAAUGGUUACCUCACUUUAUGUGCCUUGAGAUCCUUAUAAACUUUGUUGGAAAUAAAAAUAGUUGUUUUUUUGACCAAAGAUUUUGUCUAGAAAGCCAGGUUUUCUUUAAAGAAUCUGACCAAUUGACAUGAUGAGUCUUUACAGUGUUGUUGUCACACAAUAACUUGUUCGUGUUGAAAGCAUUUUGGUCACUGGCGAUGUUUACCUUGCUUUAUUUGUCUUGAGAUCCUUACAAACUUUGCUGGAAAUAAAAAUAAUUGUUCUUUUACCAAAGAUUUUUUCUGGAAAGCCAGGUUUUUUUUUUUUAUAAAAAUCUGACCGAAUGACAUGAUGAGUCUCUGGGUGUGGUUGUCACACAAUAACUUGUUCACCUCUAGAGCUUUUUCGGUUAUUGGCAAUGUUUACCUUGCUUUAUUAGCCUUGAGAUCCUCAUAAACUUUGUUGCAAGUAAGAAGAGUUGUUUUUUACUAAAGAUCUUGUCUAGAAAACCGAGUUUUCUUAAAAAAAUCUGACCAAUUGAUGUAUUGAGUAUUCUCAGUGUUGUUGUCACACAACAAUAAUUCAUUCACAUCUGAAGCUUUUAUAGUCAUUGGCGAUGUUUACCUUGCUUCAUUUGCCAUGAGAUCCUUAAAAACUUUGUGGGAAGGAAAUAUUUGUUUUUUACUAAAGAUCUUUUUCUUUUCUAUCUGUUUAACUUCUAAUAAGUUGUACUGGAUUGAAGACUAACUCACCGACGUGUCUACUCAAUUUUAUACGUCGGCAAGUUGGUGUUGGGGAGUUGAACUGUUGGCCACUUGACCAUAAUUCCUUUCUUUAUCACUUUGUGCUUGCUUGACUGGGCUAAACUGGUUUACUAGACAUUGCUUUUGUCACACAAAUGGUACGCUUGCUCUCUGUUUCCGUACUAAGAGUAUCAUUGGUAUUGUAUUGAUAUUGUAAGGAGAGAUUCUGUUUUGGUUACUCGUGGGAGUUAAAGGGUUAAGUCAGCAUACCAUCUCUCUUACCAUAUAGGGUUUUUAAACCUAAUGAUUUUUCCAGGUGAUCCAAUGCUUCGCUGAAACUGGUCAGUUCCAAAAGAUAGUUUUAUAUGCCAAGAAGGUUGGCUAUACUCCAGAUUACAUCUUCCUUCUUCGGAAUGUGAUGAGAGUCAAUCCAGAAACAGGCAGUCAGUUUGCUUCAAUGCUUGUCCAGGAAGAAGGAGAAGCACUCGCAGAUCUCAGUCAGGUCAGUAAUAAACAAUUUACAUGUAUGAAAAGCACCAAGAACUUUGAAAAGGGAGAGGUACCAGAAGCACUUGUUGAUAAGCCUCACUAUUUUCCCCAAAUUUUUCAUAACAAAUCAGGUUUGGGACUGGUUUGGGAGAACAUCUGGACAACAUGCUCCAUAUUCAUUCCUCUGUUAUCACUCCUGACAUUCUCUUUUCAAACUGUUCUUUUGCAAUUUUCAGAUUGUAGAUGUAUUUAUGGAAACAAACCAAGUUCAGGCAUGUACUUCUUUCCUUCUGGAUGCCCUUAAGAACAACAGACCAACCGAAGAUCAUCUGCAGACCAGGCUGCUUGAAAUGAACCUCCUUACAGCUCCCCAGGUCAGUGUUGUGUCAUGGCAAAUACAUGUACUAUGUGCCCAGUUCUUUCUUUCCUUCUUUUUUUCUUUUUUUUUUUUUAUUUAUUUAUUUUUUUUAAGUUGUCUGGUCAGAAGUUGGUAGAAGCAACCAACUAUUAUUUGGAAGGCAGGUGGUUCACUCCUUAAUGAAGCCUGAAUUUUCCAAGCAACCUUUUCAAAAGAAUUCUAAUUGCAGUUAACCCUAAAACUCCUAAGAUCUGAUUGAAAAUUCUCUCCUCUAGCUAUUUCACAUUUCUUUGCAAAUUAAUUAUGGACAUAUUUUUAUAUACAAGUAACAACUUUCUCUUAUAAGGCUGAGUGUUCUUAUUACCUUUUUUGCUGCAUAAUGUAUGGAGUUAAAUGGAGAUGUAACAUGUUAAUCACUUCCUGGGAGCUAAAAGGUUAACCUGUGAGUAAAACUGCAUCCCUUGUUAGAAACUGUUGUCUAAUUUACAGGUUACUGAGUGUGGUUAAAAUGCUUUCCUUAGGUUGCAGAUGCAAUUCUUGGCAAUCAAAUGUUCACUCAUUAUGAUAGGGCUCAUAUCGCCCAGCUGUGUGAAAAUGCUGGACUUUUGCAGAGGGUAAGGGUUAUUUACUUGCAAACAAGCCAAGGCAUCGUCUUAAGAUUUGUGAUCAACCUAUGAGAUGUAUGCAGUUGUUAGGAUAGGCAUUACUAUCACAAUGAUGUUCAGUGGAAGGAAUGAAAAGGGAAAAAACCCUAUGUGACUUCAGAUAGACUGCUAUACUCUCCUUCCUUAUUUUUUCACAUUACCUUUUGAAACAAAGGGAAAAGUAGAUGUUGCAUAAGAAGUCAUUAAGGGCUUUACUCCACACACCUUACAAGAAAGAGGAAGAGAUUGUUUUUCUAAUAAAAUACUUUGAACAUGACAUCCAAAGUAUGGGCAAAAUUUCAUUAAAUGGCUAUACUGGUGGAAAUGUUGAUCCCAGUAACUGUUCAUUUGUGCACAAGUUUGAGCACAUUUUUUAUAUUAUUUUAUAUUUGUAUCUGUUACACAGGCCUUGGAACACUAUACUGAUAUAUUUGACAUAAAGAGGGCCAUUGUGCACACUCACCUACUAAAUCCAGAGGUAAUACAUUAUCCUUUAUUCUAUGGAUAAGUUUCUUAAUGUUUCUGCAUUUUUAUCUUUUGUCUUCCCUGAUUGUUUCUGAGAGAUGAACUGGCACAGUGGUUAGUGCACCGGACUUAAAAAGGAAAAGUUUGUGUUGUAGUCCAGUAGUCUCUUCCCUUUGUGGAACUUAAGGUUCUUGAAAAUCAGACUGUCUCCAGCAGCACAACCAUGAUUUAUUUAAGUGCAUUUUCAAGGUGAAACAACAAUGUGUAUGCACUGCCAGCACAUGACACAAGUUCACUAAAAUCCCUCAGCAUGCCUAAUUUGCACGAGAUAGAACAGUCUGGGUGUGAGCCAAAACUGGGUCAUUGUGUUGAGUUCUCAGACAAUAAACUUAACUCUCGAUUUCAAAGUGUCUUUUAAGUUUUAGGUUAACACAGUGGUACCCAGUGGUAAUAACACUGUUCCUGUUACCCAAACCAGUAAUAGGUUAUUAUUUUGCUCUGACAAAAGGCUAACACUCGAAAUUUCAGGUUUGAAACUCAUUAUGGUGGCCAAUUUACAUUAUCAACUUAAUAGUACUAAAUCACCCUGUUAUACUCUCCCACCAAGGCAGCACCACAGUUUCUUUAUAAACUUACCCACAAUAUAAGUUGCGACAGCAGUCUUCAGGCUAGUUCACCUUUUCUUUUAAAUUUUUGUAAUGGAAAUCUUUUUUUCACUUGCAGUGGCUAGUCAACUACUUUGGUUCCUUGUCUGUGGAAGAUUCCUUGGAAUGCCUACGUGCCAUGCUCACACAUAACAUUCGACAAAACUUACAGAUCUGUGUUCAAGUGGCAACCAAGUACCAUGAACAACUCAGCACCACUGCUCUAAUUGAGCUGUUUGAAUCCUUCAAGAGUUUUGAAGGUACAUAGCGUUUUGGCUGUAUCUUUUAGCAGAAAUUUAUCCAUGACAAUGAAGAAAGAUUUUAAUCCUUCACCCCUAAGAUCUAAAAAUCAGUUCUCCAUGAUACCUAGACUCCUGCUGGAUCUGCCAUUGGACAGGAUUGAGAAUCUGAACUCCAUCCCAUCCAAUUUGUCAAUUUGAUGCUGACUGACUGAGACACAACUUGCCUGUGGGUUUAGACCUUGGUGGGCUUAUUGUUUUGGGUUAAUCUGUUUUUACCCUUGUUGGCUCAAAGUGAAUGCAUAGGAAUUUGCAUGAUACAGAGUUCAUCUCUAACAUAAAGUGUUUUUUACACCUCACAGGUCUGUUCUACUUCUUGGGAUCUAUUGUAAACUUCAGUCAGGAAGCAGAUGUCCAUUUUAAGUACAUCCAGGUGAAGUGAAACUAAAACAGCCAACAGCAGUUCAUUCUAUUCCCAAUUUUUGGUCCAGGUUAAAUUUUCAAAUGCCUAACAGUUAACUUAUCAUCAAAUCUUGUCUUUUUUGUGGCAGGCUGCUUGCAAGACCGGUCAGGUUAAAGAAGUUGAACGUAUUUGUAGAGAAAGCAACUGUUAUGAUCCAGAAAGAGUUAAAAACUUUCUCAAGGUAAUAUUACAUGCCGUUAGUCUUAAAAUAGUUUGCCAUGUUUUUAAUUGGUCACACAGCAAGCUAUUUAGUUAGUUCUCUUCAUGCACACAACAAUAUCUUUAUCAAAGAAUGUCAUCAAUUUCUGUCAGUGUCCAUUUGGUCACACAGCAAAUGGUAGCUUUAUUUAAAAUUGUUCGUGGACCAGCAGCAUGUAAUUCUCUUAUAUUGCACUGUUGAGUCAACUUGCAUCAAUGGUGUUUUCUGGUAGCUUUAUUUCAAAUUGUUCCUGAACCAGCAGCAGGUAAUUCUCUUAUAUUGCACUGUUGAGUCAAUUUGCAUCAAUGGUGUUUUCUGGUAGCUUUAUUUCAAAUUGUUCAUGAACCAGCAGCAAGUAAUUCUCUUAUAUUGCACUGCUGAGUCAAUUUGCAUCAAUGGUGUUUUAUUUUCCUUUUUAGGAAGCCAAGCUGACUGACCAGUUGCCUCUGAUCAUAGUCUGCGAUAGAUUUGACUUUGUCCAUGACUUGGUUUUGUACUUAUACCGUAACAACCUUCAGAAAUACAUUGAGAUCUAUGUGCAGAAGGUACGUAUUUAGUAUUUUUCAACGUUACAAGCAGGUUCCUUUUGCACACUUUGCAAGAAAUGAUCAGUGUGUGUGCUUUGAUUAAAUUUUGUCUUUGGUUAAAUGUUCUUUUCUUUGGGUAUGGUUGUGUGUAAUGAUAAACUGGAACCACAACAUACACAUUCUUUCUUUGUGUGUAUUUUGUUGAAACUGGCAACUUAAUUACAUGGUAAUUUACAGGCACUACAAAGCUUAACUCCUUUUGAUGUCUUCCAUUCACCUAAAAUCCAAAUUUUGAUUAAUUUCCCCAACUCACUGACCAUUGUUAUUGAGAGUACUAUAAACUUCUGAGCAAUUUUUUACUCAUAAAGAGGAGUGCUGUUGAUCAGGCUGGAGAUGUUGUGAUUUGGUUGGACCUUAAAAAGUCUGAAGGAAAUAAGAUUUAACCUUUUGAUCCUCGAGAGUAACAAGCAUCUUAUUUCUCUGUACAAUAUCUCUACUGAAUCAAACUUUAGGAUCACAAGAAUAAAGGAAAUGGUCGCCAACUUAAGAAGCCCUUGAUUAUUGAACAAAUUCUCCUUGUCUGCACCUCAGGAAAUGUGUAGAUAACUGUAUGGGGAAUAUGCAUACUGAUGUUACAGUAUAAAAGCUUAAUUCCAUUUUUUUGUUAGGUGAAUCCCUCGCGUCUGCCUGUGGUAGUAGGAGGUUUGUUGGAUGUGGACUGCUCAGAGGACAUCAUUAAAAGUCUCAUGAUGGCUGUACGUGGUCAAUUCUCAACUGAUGAGCUCGUUGAAGAGGUGGAGAAAAGAAAUCGCCUUAAGCUUCUGUUACCUUGGCUGGAAGCAAAGAUCCAUGAUGGAACUGAAGAACCAGCCACUCAUAAUGCGCUGGCCAAGAUUUAUAUUGAUGCUAACAACAAUCCUGAAAGAUUUCUUAGGUUUGUAAAAUAGCGGUUAAAAAUCAUUAUGGUAUCCACUUAAAUAAUGAUACAGAACUUCCUAGGUGGAGGAAAGGAUGUGAGAUUAGUAUUGAGCCAAGUAGAACUCAUUUCGAGUGAGUGUUGUGAAAUCAAAACCAAAGUCAUUCCAGCGACCAGUCUACCCUGAAGAGCCAAUAAGAACUCAAAGUAAGAGCAAGUAAUUGCAGGCAAUCAAAUCGUUUUGCAUGUGAUUGGUUGAGAGAGUGGCAUGAGUUUUCUGGACCAAUCACAGAGCAAAGUAAAGCUCUAAUACUGAUAUGUGACAUUUUGUAGCUUUGUUUCUGUUACAACUUCAUUGUGCAAGUUAGCUCCUUAGGACCUUACAUAGUGUGGUCAAAUUCUUACUAGUAGUGAUGUUGAUUUUUCAGAGAGAACCCUUACUAUGACAGCAAAGUAGUUGGGAAAUACUGCGAAAAAAGGGACCCACACUUGGCUUGCAUAGCUUAUGAACGAGGACAGUGUGAUGCUGAGCUAAUUAAGGUACAAACAUUUUAUUUUCAUUGAUAUGAGCAAUGGCAGUUCCUGAGUCUUUUCGUCCUCCUUUCCUGAUGAGUUAAAAAGUGCACAGUUCAUGACAUUUUGCCGUUAGACUAAGUUAAGUAAGUAGUAUAUAAUAAGUUUAGCUGUACACACAAUGAAUGAGUUGCCAGUGAUGGGAUCCUUGUGUUUGCGCAAAGAUUUCUGGGAUCGCCACGGGGCAAACAUUGCAAGUUGCUAGAAGGAAAUUAUGGCGAAAGGUCGGUUUGACGUCCAAAUAAACGAUUUUGGAGGUAGAUCAUUGCAUUUUCUUUAAUUUGAAUGGUUCUUACCUUUGAUCUUUUGGAUGACUGAUGCAUAGAAGACACCAUUCUUAACAGCUGAUGUAAAAGUGAUAGAUAUCAUGUUGCCGUGGGUCUAUUCAGUAGUACAUCAGAAUAUGUCAAAAUGUGUUAGGAACAUCAGUGACACACUCGGCAGCGCCUCCUAUGCCAAUUUUUUGUUGUUCAAAAAUUAUUAUUUUUCAUGAAUGUCAUCUGUGAUCUACUUGUCAAAUUUAUGCCAUCCUCUAUACCCUAAUGAAACAAGCCCAUAACAUAAAUUAUACCACAUUGCUUGUCACUUAUUUACACACUGACAGUUCGGCAGCUUGUCCAUGAAAGUGGUUAAAGUAGGCACUUUUGAGCCACAAUGUCUUUUUUAAAUCAGUUGAUCUAACAGUACAAUUCGCAUUUUGUCAAGGUUUGUAACGAGAACUCGCUAUUCAAGAGUCUGGCAAGAUACCUUGUGCGACGAAGGGACCCAGAACUCUGGGCCGAAGUACUUCAAGAAUCAAACCAGUUCCGUAGACAGCUUAUUGAUCAGGUCAGUAGAAUGAUAAUGUGUGUUUUCCUAUGGUUUGGUGAUGGUUUCAAGUUGCAAACGCUUUAUUGCACCAAAGCAGAGAGCCAGUUACAGAAUUUCGAGCUAUUUUAAAUUGAAUGUCACAAAUAAUCUGAGACUGCAGGAUAGAAAUCUCGAGUUUAUAAUCUAAAUUUUGAUCAUUUUCCCUGUUGAUUAUGUUGAUAAAGGUUGUGCAGACAGCUCUGUCCGAGACUCAAGAUCCCGAGGAUGUGUCAUGCACGGUGAAAGCAUUCAUGACUGCAGAUUUACCCAAUGAACUUAUCGAGCUGUUAGAAAAGAUUGUGUUGGAUAACUCCGUCUUUAGUGACCAUAGGUGAGUGACCAAGACAUUCCUUACAAUAUCAGUACAUUAUAAAGCAGAUAAGUGAUGAGAUUGAAGACAAACAUCAAUCAGUGGAUUAUUAGUUGAUUCUCAGAACGGACAUCAUAAGAAUUGUAUGGCAGAUUUUUAGGAGAAUUUACGAAUGAGAUCUUGGAAGUGUAAGGGUUAUACAAACAGAGUGCUAAAGAUACAUUCUGAUAAACAGUUCCCGUAGUGGCAGCUGGAACUUAAAACCCCAAGUUACUAAUCAAAACAGGAAAUUUAUAUCAGGAGCCAAAUAAGCGUCCAUUGUUUACUGUGAUGGAAAAAGAUACGUUUAUUGCCCCCCAAGUCAUACAACCGUCUCAAAACAUGGAUAAGUUAAACCUACAUUUCCACUGUAAUUCGGUUUUAUCGACUUAGUUGAUAUUCAUGAUGUAGAUAAGCCACCUUAAAAGCUAAAGUUAGGAGCGGCAGCCCUUCGUCAUUCGCUCUGAUGAAUGGCUCACGCUCGAAACGUCAGCUUUUAAACUCUUUUCUGUGACUAAUUAACUUUAGCAACUCUGUCGACCAAACUUUAUUAUCUCGUUAUACCAGCACCAACGCAGCACCGCAGUUUCGUAACUCGUCUUUCCUUUCAUCAAUAUAUCACAAAUAAUGAGUUGCAUUAUUUUGAAAUGUUUGUUACACUGCGUUGAACCAUGUAGUUUCUUUUUACGAGGACUGUUUUUAUCGCUUUCCUCAUCUUGAAGUUAAGUUUGGUUUCCAUUGUGAAGAAGGGUCUGAAUUAGAAGUAUUUUGUGUUAACAAUGAACAGCUGAUCCGAUGUGCUGUUAAAGAGAAACAAGUCACUAUAUGUCGUAAUUUUGAAAAAAAAAAAAAACAGGUGGACUUCUGAAUAACAUCGGAAGGUCGAGAAACCGAAAAAUCAUAUAUUUUUUUUUUAGUCGUGUUACAAGCUAGCAAUAAUCAACGAAAUUCCGGAAGUGUCCCCAGAUUGCAUAGGGUUUCGUUCACUAACUGCAUGUUUGGCCUAGAAAUCGCUACUCUUCUGAUCUAUUGUUUACCAAAAUUUGAGUAAAUCGCUCAAGGUUACUAAAGCUAUCCCUUGUGAGGGCCUUGUACCCUUGCUCUAUCCUCAGUUCUCAUUGGCUCCUUGAUAUAUAUUCUUUGUUCUGAUUGGCUGCUUUGAUAACGUUCAUUUACAGAACAGCUACAUUCGUACACUCGAUCUAAAUGCGCUGAGUACAAUUUCAUUUUGAUUCAUUGGUUUCGUAUAGCCUCGACCCUUUCCUUAAGGUGAUUUUGAAGCACAGUCGAUGAUUGGUCUAGGUGGAUAGGAUGCGAUGGCUGACAAUGUAUUAAGGAUGUUUCUCUUCGUCUAAUGUUGCAGAAAUCUACAGAACCUGCUGAUUUUGACAGCGAUCAAGGCCGAUCGCACGCGUGUCAUGGAAUACAUCACUCGCCUCGACAAUUACGAUGCGCCCGAUAUCGCCAGUAUCGCCAUUGGUAGUGAACUGUAUGAGGAAGCCUUUGCCAUUUUUAAGAAGUUUGAUGUCAACACCUCUGCUAUCCAGGUAUAACGGUCGCUCAUUACUUUCUGUUAUUUUUCCUUAGCAACUCCAAGGGCUUGCGUCACGGCGUAUGCUUAUAAAAUUUAGUUUCGAGUGCGUGUUUUCAAUCCGUGCUAAUCUAUUCCAUCCUCGGCCAUUAUUGUUCAUUCCUGGUUUAUAAUGUCGUUUUUUUUUUUUUUUCCUAUUUCACCAAACUAAUAUUUUGUAGUCAUUUACAAUCCAUGUAAAUCUACUCCAUCCUUUGCCAUUCUCUUUCCUACCUGGUUUACAAUUGCCUCUAUACAGUAAAUUGAAUAAACCCCGGGGUAACGUGUGAUAGUGUAGUCUGAUUAUCCGGGUGAGUUUCGCUCUGAGAAGGACUGUUUCCGGUAGUGGGGACUAACUUUUCGAGCACCUGAGCGGAAGUCAUCAUCAAACUCAAGUGAUGCAAUUCAUUAAUGAUUUUCAAACCUGAGGAGUACAUUGAUAAUUGUAAUGGACUUUUUGUUAUUCUGCUGUUCUAUAGGUUCUGAUAGAAAAUGUGCAAAAUUUGGACCGUGCGUACGAGUUUGCGGAACGAUGCAAUGAGGCCGCAGUAUGGAGUCUUUUAGCCAAAGCUCAGCUGCAGAAGAACAUGGUCAAAGAAGCUAUUGAUUCAUUUAUUAAAGCCGAUGAUCCAUCUGCUUAUACUGAAGUCGUCGAGGCCGCCAACAGAGAAGGUACUGCCUAAUUUUACUCUCAGUGGUGAGAGUAAUCACUGACUUAUCACAUAGCGUUUGCCUUGAAAACUUAGCCCAUAACAUUUUCUAGUCUCUCAAUACCCCGACCAGUAAGGCAUCGUUUUAGGUUGUUGAAGUAGCUUACAACAAAGAUAUUAUAUGUUAUAUGACAAGCUCGAUUCUACACGCUGUUCUUACCCCAUUUUGUCGCCAUCUGUGAUCAAUUUUUAAACAGAGGCAGGGCAACAUGGAAUGUAUUUGUUGAUAUGUUUGCUUCACUUCGGACUGGGAUUGGUUUGGAAGAACUUGCGCUGCCCUUUCGACGUAUCAGGCACCAAGCUAAACCAUGCGUGACCUGGUCACUCCUGUUUUUCCAUGGCUUCAGACAAUUUAAUUGGAUUUUAAUUUCAUUGCUUAUUAGCUGUACGUAUAGAACCUUUUUAUGGAGGUAGAAAGGAUCGUGAUCGGCUUUGAAACCUUGGUCAGUGACUGACUAGUUCUUCUAGCAUACCAGGUGAACUAAAUCAACUGUCUGUUCGUUUUCUUGUAUUCUCAGGAAACUUCGAAGAUGUCGUGCGCUUCCUGCAGAUGGCUCAGAAGAAGUCCAGAGAUUCAUUUGUAGAAACAGAACUGAUUUUUGCCUUCGCUAAAACUAAUCGCCUCGCGGAGCUCGAAGAAUUUAUAUCCGGACCAAACCACGCACAAAUUCAGCAGGUACGUGUAGUAGGAAUCAUUACUCUUUGUGUUUUGCUAUUGUUACUUGGUCUCUAAUUUGGCGGUAUGAUUUGAUGGUAAUAGUUCCCCUCUAUUCUUGCAGGUCGGCGACCGAUGCUUUGACGAGAAAAUGUUCGACGCUGCCAAACUUCUGUAUAACAACGUGUCGAAUUUUGCCAAAUUAGCUUCCACUUUAGUUCACUUAGGAGAAUACCAGGCAGCUGUCGACGGCGCCAGGAAGGCAAACAGCACAAAGACAUGGAAAGAGGUGGGUAAAACGUUUUAUAGUUUCUUUCAAGACUUCAAUUUAGUAGUAAUCGUCUAAUAUGGGGAGUUUGUUCUUGAGUGUCUAAAACUAUCCAGUAUUGCAGUGGUUUAUCCUUUCUUCCCUCUGAUUGGUUAGAAAACUCGCCACCACCCUCUCAACCAAUCAUAGUGGGAUCAAUUUCAGUUCGUUAUCUUCCCAUUUCUCCAGUAAUUUUAGUUGCAUAGACUUUGAAUUCUUAGCAUUCACUGCUGAAAUUCAGUUCUUUGCCAGGAGGAAUUUUUUGGUUUUCAGAAAUUCUAACUUUUAGUUGGUUUCGCAACGUUGUUUUGAUCCAUCAUUGUGAAUGUUAAUGUCAUCCUUUAUCUGCAGGUUUGUUUCGCAUGUGUUGAGGGAGAAGAAUUCCGUUUGGCCCAAAUGUGUGGACUUCACAUCGUGGUGCAUGCAGAUGAAUUAGAAGAAUUAAUCAAUUUCUACCAGAAUCAAGGCUACUUUGAAGAGCUCAUAUCCCUGAUGGAGGCCGCGUUGGGCCUGGAGCGAGCACAUAUGGGCAUGUUUACAGAGUUGGCGAUCUUGUAUUCAAAGUACAAACCCACCAAGAUGAGGGAACAUCUGGAACUCUUUUGGUCUAGGGUUAAUAUUCCUAAGGUGAGUGCUCAAGAUUUCGUAUCUUUGUUACUGUCAGUGAGUCAUCCCUCUCUCUUCUUCUCAGCUUCUGAAGACGUUGGACUUCAUUGUGUCAUGGCUUCUGUUACGGUCUUCCGCCACAUUUACGCCUCAUUGAUUGCUUUAUUUUGAAACAAUCCGUUUCCGUGAAUAGUAGAAAUAAACAACAACUGACUCUUGAUUUCUUUCGAGUAAUUUUGAACAGUUUUGAGCUUUUUUUUUUCUAUUUUUUUCCUUUGUGUUACAUUAAUUGUUUUAAUCCCCAGAGUCGUUUAUAGACGUGUUCCUUAUCAAGUAGUCUUAACCUGAUAUGUUUGUUCAGCCCGUUCAUCGCAUUUAUGUUAAACUUGUUGUUUAUACCCUUGGCAUGAUAAGAUGUUGAAAUUCUCUUGGGAACAAAGGAGUGGAAUUUGAAGGAGGCUACUUUUAUUUGAAAAAAGUUAAAACGAGGUUAUUGCAUUUGUUUUACUAAUAUGGUGUCGAAGGAACCUAGGGGUGGUUUGCAGGGUCAUUGCCAUUUGUUUUUUGCUUGGUUUGCUUGGUUUGCUUUGCUUGCUUUGCUUUCCUGGCAUUCUCCCUUCCUCCCCCAACCUUCUCUUUCGGAUAAGUAUUCAUUCCAUACACAGCUUAGCCCUUGUUCUGUUUACACUUUCCUAGAGGUGAGCCUUGGCUCGAUUACCAUGGUAUCCCUCUCGCCAUGUUUGCGGUAUCUACCCCCCCCCCCUCCCUCUAUAACUGUGGACGAAGUGUUUAACACAAUCAUUUGCAUUUUGUUGGCAGGUUCUCCGCGCAGCUGAGCAAGCUCAUCUGUGGUCAGAGCUUGUGUUCUUGUACGAGAAAUACGAGGAAUACGACAAUGCAGUACAAACCAUGAUGACUCACCCAACAGUGGCCUGGAAAGAGGCUCUUUUCAAAGAUGUCAUUUGUAAAGUGGCUAACAUUGAGUUGUACUACAAGUCGUUGCAGUUCUACUUGGAUUUCAGGCCGAUGUUGAUUAAUGAUCUCCUAAUGGUACUCACCCCACGCAUGGACCACACCCGUGCCGUGAAUUUCUUCAAGAAGGUACGUGAAACAAGUCAUUUUCCGACGCUCGGUGAUUUUACUCUGCCAAAACCUGGACCAAUUGAUUCCGGUAAUCGUAAAACAAAAUUUUUGUCCGUUCAUGUAAUGAGCUAGUAAACUUGGUAAAGAAACUUGCAUUGUGUCUGCUUGAAGGUGAAACAUGAAUGUCUAAUCAACUGGAACGAAUUUGGAUGCUUUUUUAAGACGGGUUAAAUGGGAACCUUGAAUAAACAACUUAAAUUUUUUAAGCGAUUUUUUCCCUGACCCUUGUUUUAUUUCUGGUUUUGUUAUUUCCAGGUAAAUCAUUUGCCACUCGUCAAACCGUACUUACGAUCGGUGCAAAGUCACAACAACAAGGCUAUAAACGAGGCUCUGAAUGAUCUGCUCAUUGAAGAAGAAGACUACAACGGCCUUCGCGCUUCAAUCGAUGCCUUCGACAACUUCGAUAACAUUGCGUUGGCCCAGCGACUUGAAAAACACGAGCUGAUCGAGUUCCGCCGCAUUGCAGCCUAUCUUUACAAGGGCAACAACCGCUGGCAACAGUCAGUGGAACUGUGUAAGAGGGACAAGCUUUACAAGGUGUGUUGAAUUAUCAAUUACUACAAAUGUCUAUCUAAUUUUUGGUAAUUUUGUCAGUUUUGUUUCUGACAAGUUUUCCUAGCGAGAAACACGACCUCAGAAGCAGGUUUGGGUUGUACCUAUUUCGUGCAUAUGUUAGGAAUGUUGCUAAUGUUGAGUCGUCUCUAUGGUUUGCUAGGACGCCAUGUUGUACGCUGCCGAAUCCCGAAACAACGCCACAGCAGAAGAUCUUAUCCACUGGUUCCUGGAAAUUGGAAACAACGAGUGCUUCGCAGCCUGCCUGUUCAUGUGCUACGAUCUCCUCAGUCCUGAUGUUGUUCUAGAGUUGGCCUGGAGACACAAUCUUAUCGACUUUGCAAUGCCCUAUAUGGUGCAGGUUUUUAAGGAAUAUAUAGACAAGGUAUGUAGGCUCCAGUGAGGCAAAUUUUAAAACUGUCGUUACAUUCCUAAGUUGAGAGACACGCCAUUAUGUCAUGGCUAGUGCAAUGAACUCCUUUCUCAAGCCUCAAGCGGAUAAUUUUGUUUUGUCGCUAAGCAGAGCACUAAGCUCUGCUCACAAUUAAGGUCUGUGAUCAUUCGUAAUAUUGAGGAAGAAAAAAGUGGCGCACAUGGCACAGCCAGGUGACCCUUGGCAACAUGGAAUCUAUUUGUGUUCAAUGAUGACAAAAGAAAAAUGUUGUUAAUGGUGACGUCAUCUAUGCAUCUGUGCUCCAAUAGAUCGUAAAUAAGAACUAAUGAAAACCCAUGUAUCGUAUCAUGAUAUACAUGAUUAUGCAAAGCACUGACACUGGCAAGGAGAAACUGAUCUGAUGCUCGUUUUGAACGAACUGAAGUUGACUGGUCUGCUUCAUCAGAGCAGCACCAAUCAGAGCUGGUCACUUUAUUGCGAGGAGCUCCAGUACCAAGGGCCUCCUGGUUUCUGUGAAGAAUUAACAUUAGUCAGGAAAUUUGUUAACUGAUUUCCAUUUUGUUGCCUCGACAGGUGAACAAGCUAGCCGUUUCUGAAGCUGAGCGAAAAGAUCAAGAGGAGAGCAAGCAGGAUCAGCCAAUCGUUUUCGGUGGGGUACCAGUCUUUUUUGUUUUUUCUUCUGAGGCAUUAUAAUGCUGUGCUCUCAGUUGAUUCGCUAGGUGCCUGGACGCUUUUGCCCCAGAUAUCUUGAAUACUUGGCUCUUAACCCUUCAACUCCCGUGAGUGACCGAAACAGAAUUUUUCCUGACUAUCUCUACAAUAUCACGCAGACAAGCGAUGAGAAUAAAGAAAAAUACCAAUUAUGGGAUUACCAAUUGAUAUGAUACCAAAUUCUCUAAACUAACAUAAUGAGAAUCAUUUAGCAGAUAGUAAGGAGAAUUACUAAUGAGAUCUUGGGAGUGAAAGGGUUAAAAGGAUUUCAUAAAGCAAAGUUAUCUAAGGCAUCGAAAGACAACUGAGGUUUCCUGUGGCACCUGGAACCUACUAGAACACAGGCCCUCGUCGGGUCAUAUACACAAAACUUGCAUUGAUUUGUGUUCUGCCAUCCUUACAGGUGCUGACCAGUUAAUGAUCACAGCAGGCCCAAGUAUGGUUCCAAAUAUGCCUCCUGGUGUAGUACCAGGCAUGCCGCCCCAACAGUAUCCCGGAGGGUAUCAGAUGCCCCCGGGGCCGGGUUAUAUGUGA